GUGAUAAUCCCUAUAUGUAAUAUACAUAUAAGACUGGAAUACUAAGGCCCAUAAUGCAACAAACUACGCCUUGGACUGUUAUUCCUCUUGGGCCGCUUCUUGUUUUAUUUUCCAGCCCAAUAAGACUUUUCACCUUUUUUGUUGACACUUCAGAGCAAAACUCAAAUCGAAUACUAAUUUUUCUUACAUUGUGACUUAACGUCUCUUCUCAGUUCUCACCUUCGACAAAGAAAACCUAACUAUUUAAUCACUUUUUCAGCUUUGGUUUUAGCAUCUCCACAAGGUGAGAAUGGGGAAAACCGGAAAUCGAACUAGCGGGAAAGGGAAAUUGGUAGCUAAGCGCACAACAAGAGCUUCGCCAAGAACUAGUAAAGCAAAGAGUACUCAGCAGGACUCACUCAAUUAUCGUCCUUACUUCGCCCAAAUCAAAGUAGUUCCUACACGGUACACAGAUGAGGCAACUUUAGAAAGACUCCAUCUUUCACAGACUGUGAGCACUCUUUUUGAGAAGAUGGGCCUCUCCGAUUUCGUUAAUAAGAGACAUCUCACGUACACGGAGCUAACAAAAGAUUUCUUGGCCACUGUUGAAGUUCUCCAAGAGCCUGAUUGUCGUCUAACUGGGAAAAACGGAGCAAUUCAUUUCGUCGUCGCCAAUGAGAAUCACAUCGUUACAUUUGAUGAUCUAGCAAACAUUUUUGGGCUACAAAAGGGGUUUGAAAUGAAGUAUUCUAAGGUGCAAGAUCCGCAACAGUAUUGGGAUGCAAUUGGUGGCACAGGGAGGUAUAACUCAGGCAAGGUCAAAGCCGCUCAACUUCGACAUCCUGCGGUUCGAUACGCACACAGAGUAUUAGCUAACACGUUCUUUGCGAGACAAUUUACGAACAACGUGAGGACAGAGGAGAUGCAUCUUCUCUAUACUGGGUUGGAAGGUACCACUUGGAGAGAUGUACACAUGGGAUCAGUUCUUGGCCACCAUCUAGCAUCCUACAAGCAAUGGGCUAAAGAAGCGUCAACAAAAUUGAAAGUGAAUGUGAAAAGAAAGAAGCCAACCAUAAGCAUUGGAGGAAUCAUAACACCAAUCUUGGAUUUUGUUGGCAUCAAUCUCUCCAAACAUAAGUAUACUGAUGGAGUUCGCACCAUAGACGAGUUUUACCUCUACAAGUGCGACAUACUUGCAGGAAGAGUGCAUGAUAAGGUUGCCUACAACCUUGAGCUCCCCAACACACAGAAAGUGAUGGUACUUCUACCAAACUGGAGCAUUACUACAGCUAGCGUUGAUCGACGCCUACAGUUCACACCUUCAAGCGAGCACCACUUUGUACAAAGCCCGAAUAACAUGCUUGUACCUAUCACAUCAACGCUAGGUGUGACUAGUGAUAAUGGAAGCGAUGGAGAAUCACAAAAUGAAGACGAUUGUGAGGAUCCAACUACCUCCACAGCUGCUCCUAGUUUUACCCUUCCUCCACUAAUAACUCAAGCUAAGUCCAAAAUGGAUAAGUGGACUUUCGAGGUUGCAACCCAACAGCAAGAGCAACUAAACUACAUGCGCAAGCAAAUGGAAACUACUCAAGGGGAAUUAGCUGAGGUACAUGUCAUGCCAGGGAAAAGUGAUCCGACAGCUCAAACGAUUGGUCAAAGCCAUGCAACCUUCAACUCCCAAACGAAAGUUGGUCGCAUCCUCACAUCCUUGAGGUUAUUAUCCCUGAGCCUACUCGAUACUCCUCUGUUGAUCCUCUAAACCCAUCACGGUACACCAACCAUGGAGAUCCGGUUCCCCGUGAGUAUCCCUCUCUAGAGGAUGAUGAUGAUGAUGAUGCCCUCGCAUUAUUCCUCACCUUUGAUCGGUCAUCGCAGCUGCUCUCACACUAGUCAUGGGACAGCGUUACUUGCUGACUGGAAAGAUUAUGCCGGCUGGUUUGGUUGCUGGGAUCAGUGCUCUCAUGACCUGUUUUUACGUAUACAAGAUCGCUACUGGUGGCAAUAAAUUCCCAUCAAAAGCUGAAUGAUGGUUAUGCAACUCUGGUUUUUCGUGGAUGCAGAUGAUACUCUCUGUUGUUGAAUUUGUCGAUUAAAAAUCUCUUUGGUGUAGACAAUGCUGCUGUCAUAAUGCCUUAAUAGCUUGUAUUAGUCAAAGAACUGCAUAUGGUCUUGUGUGUUUCUGAGAUUAGUGUCUUGUCAUCGUGUUUUUGUAACCACAAACUGUUUUGAGCCAUACUAUAUAUGAGAUAUCUGACGUUUUGAUA